ACAGCGAGCUUUUUCGAGUGAGUUUUGUGAAGUUACCUGUGUCCAGAAGCCCGACGAUCACGUCAGUGGGAGCACUUGGAGAUCCAGCGUGACUGCUUUUGGCUGGCAUGGCCAUGCCGAGGAAAUCCCACGAGUGUGUUGUCAGUGGAUGGAGCGUUUUGCUGGGAUAGAUGUUGAGGACCUCAGGCAUUCCUACACAGUGGUACGCCGAGAAUCCACUGAAGGCGUACUUGUAGCUGAAGAUGAUGGACGAGCGAGCAUUCUCGAUGCUGCAAAACAAAUUCUCGGAAGCGUGAGCGUCGCCAAGACACAAAAGGAAUCGAUCAAACCUUCCAACAGCUCUGGCAAGUAUGUCAUGGUGGAUCAAGGAGACCCGAGAAUCGCUUGGCACUGGAAGAGCAAGCAAGCAAGAAGUAGAAGCUGGAAAACCAUCUUUGCUUGCCUGCUAGGCUUGAGAAGCUAUGGAGGAGAAAAUCUUAUUUAUACUUGCGAUUAUAAUUGUCAUUUAGAAUGUGUUAGAAUGUGGAAGAUUCUUUAGCGAAGAACUAUUGUGAAUGAUACUCAACGUA